GUGUUUCCUCUAUUUUCUACCUCGCGAGAGGCUCUGAGAUGCCGGGUGACCUGAGUGAGAGACAGAGCAACGUUUUUUUUUCCUUACAAAGGUGGAGCUGAGGCUGAGCGGCAUCUCGCACGUGACCCACAUGGCGACCGCCGCGUCCGUGUUUCCACUGCACCCGCAGAGUCAGAUGGCGGAGGCAGCGCUGGGGAACCCGGCUCAGGGCAGUGUGACCUUUGAAGAUGUGGCUGUACACUUCUCCUCAGAGGAAUGGUGUCUUCUUGAAGAGGCUGAGCAAUGCCUGUACCGUGUUGUGAUGCUGGAGAACUUGGAACUUAUAACCUCCCUAGAUUGUUGGCAUGGCAUGGAGAAUGAGGAGGCACAGGCUGAGCAGACUCUUUCAUUACAAGAAGCGUCCCAAGUUGAUAUUUCCGAAGACAGUCUGUCUCCCCAAAAGGCUCACACUUGUGUGAUGUGUAGCUUGGUGUUGAGAGACAUUUUUCAUCUCACACAUUACCAACAGGGAACAAAUCUUGGUCAGAAAUUGUAUAGGUGUAGGGCAUGUGGUAAACAGUUGUACUAUGAGCAACUAAAGCAGCUCUUUGGAGAGAAAUGCUUCAGCAGCAAUGUGGACAGAGCCUUGUUUGUGAACAGCAGUGAAUCCCAUUUGACAGUGGAGCUCUCUUCCUGUAAGGAAGUUAGAAAGGACUUCCUGGCCAACUCAGAGUUUCUCUAUCAAGGGGCCACUUUCACUGAGGAAAACUCAGACAGCAAAAGUAAUCAUGAGGCCAUCUAUCACUAUGGAGAAAUUCAUCAAAAUUUUGGAGAAUUCACAGAAGCAUUUGAUAACAAACACAUACUUAUUCAGCAGCAGAAAACCAACUCUAAACAACGUUAUGUAUGCGAUCAAUGUGGAAAAUCUUUUAACCAAAGCUAUAGUCUCAUUUAUCAUUGGAGACUUCACACUGGUGAAAAGCCUUAUAAGUGUGAGGUAUGUGGGAAAUCCUUUAUUCAAAGUUCUAACCUCAUUCAGCACCAGAGUGUUCACACUGGAAUUCGACCUCAUGAGUGUCAGAGAUGUGGGAAAUUAUUUAGUAUCAAGUCCAACCUCAUUAAACAUUGGAGAGUUCACACUGGAGAGAGGCCCUAUGAGUGCCGCAAAUGUGGGAAAACUUUUAGAGGAAGCUCUGCCCUCCUUCAGCACCAGAGUGUUCACACUGGAGAGAGGCCUUAUGAGUGCAGCGAAUGUGGGAAAUUCUUUACUUAUUAUUCAAGUCUUAUAAAGCACCAGAAAGUUCAUAGUGGAUAUAGGCUCUAUGUGUGUAGUGAAUGUGGGAAAUCCUUUACUCAGAACUCCAGUCUCCGUAAACAUGAGAGAAUUCACACUGGGGAAAAGCCUUAUGAGUGCACUGAAUGUGGAAGAUGCUUCACCCAUAGCUCUAGUCUUACUAAUCACCGCAAAAUCCAUAGUCGAUAAGGCCACAUGAAGGCCAAAGCUCCCACCUCAUUACACACUGGAAAAUUAGCCUUAAAAAAGUCCUUAUGAACCCCAUGUUGGCAAAGCUUUUUUUAGUCUUUGAUUUCUUAUUCCUUUCCUCCCACUUAAACUUCAUUGUAUAUAUGUUUUUAUGUAACCUGCUUUACAUUAUUUCUGGAAAAAUGUUAAAAUUGCCUCUCUUUGGAAUAGUAAAAAAUAUAUUGAUGUAUAAAAUGAAAUUAAAAGGAUGUCUCACAUACACACAAAAAGUCCUUAUGAAAACAGUGAAUGUGAGAGUUCAUCUGAAGGCUGUAUUUCAGUGCACAACACAUUUAAUAAGGAAAAAAUACCAUUGAUAUGUAGGGGUUUGCUAUGACAGCCCUGGAAGGAUCAUCAUAGUUCUUUCUGCCUGAAUAAAACCUUAUAAAUCAAACCAUAAA